AGGCCUUUCUUAGCUGUAAACUUUCGCAAAGAAUUUAACAUCUUGAAACGUCCAUAGAAAAUUUCCGACCACAUUCAACAAAAAUGAAUAAAAAACAAGCAAAGAAAAAGAAGAAAGCGCCAAAGAUCUCUCCAGAAGAACAACUCGCGAUUCUUCAACAAGAGGCAGAAACGAAAUGGAAUGCCGAACAGGUGGCGCUGGUGGAGAAAAAUAACCUAGAACUCAAAGAGUAUAAUCAGCGGCGCGUCGUUUUGGUUGAAACGAACAAAUUCUUUAGAAAGCUUGAAAAAACCGCUGCAGAAACAUACCGCCAAGUGAGCAAAAGUCAAGAAUGGGACCAUUACCUUUCAUGCAAAAAAAUUCCUGACCCCGCCAAUCCUGCCGAUUUGCGAGACUUUCUCUACCAGUGGAAUUAUGAGCUGGAACAGCAAAAGAAAAAUUUCGUCAGCUGGACGCUAGACGUGAACGAACGGACCUGGCUGACUCAAGACGACACUGAUCCCAACAAAACUUGGCAAUGUCUGUUUGACGAAAAUAAAGACGUUGGGUCGUCACUCCUUCCAGGAAUUCGUAAUGCGCUCCACAUUCUUGCUCUUAUCGAAGAUUCGGCCCUGAAAAGCUUCUCCCAGAAAGAAGUUGUCAAGGUACGGGAUGAAAUACGCGUUAAAAUAGCUCAGGUGCUGGAUGAAAUAACGAUGCGAGUUGGUGGAAAUAUAUGGCGUGAUAUGAUCCCAAUAGAUCCAAUAAGGGCCGAGUUUAUGUUCACGUCGGAUAUCAUCAACUUCUAUUUGUGGAGUUUUCAACACGUCCCACUUCCCCCAGAAUACAACUAUUUGGUGAAAGUAAUCGAAAUGAAAUCUCUUUCAAUCAAAUUUCAAAAACCGCCAUCGUUUGAUCUGAAGAAUUGCUCUAUGCGGGGAAUGUGGACUCAGUUUGAUCACUUUUCCGAUUUGGAUCCGUCGUUUAGGUGUCCGAUUUCGGAACCCAUUCCGGACCUGAUUGCUUCGCAGGAAAUGGAAUGGGCCGACAGGAACUUAUUAAGAGCGCAAAAGCUGCAAGAAAUGAAAUCGGCCAGGGAGCACUAUGAAGUGGAGCAAAAGAAGAAAGAACUCGAAGAGUUGGAGGCUGCUAAAGCUGGCUCUGCGAAAAACGCGCCGAAAACAUUAGGCGGUAAGAAACCUACAAAAAAGAAAAAGAAAAGUAAAUCAAAGGACAAGGCAGAGGUCAAACCGCUAGAAGCUCCACCACCAGUGAUUACUGAAAAUACUACUGUCGAUAUUGAUGAUCUAUAUGUGCUACAGGAACAACAAAAUUACGAACGAAAAAUGGAACAAAUUGGACCAAACUCGUUAAACGUCGGUACUAAUUACAUUAAUCUUAGGCAGCAUGUUAUAAACGGAGGAAUUUUCUCGAUUCAACGUUUCGAGAAGUUACCUCAACCAUCAGAGCUCAGAGGUGACUUCAUAUAUACAACCUUUUCGGAUGAUCUCAAGCUCACUGAAAAUAAAUUCACAUGCGAAAGCGAUAUCGACUUGAUAGUUCUCAACAUCAAGCUUCCGGAGCAAUAUUUCUGGUGGCAUAGCCCUGUAGUUUGCUUUUGGGAGGACUGGACAGAAAGCACUGAAUUCAGCUCUCUUAGCGAAGAACUGCAAAAUUUUCAUUUGAACUUCGACAACAUCAUGGAAGAAAAAUCGAAACAACUCUUCAGUGCUCCGAAGCAGCAGAAGCAAAUGUUAAAACCUACGAUUAUAUCGGAUUUUCCUAUCACAGAUAUUCCGAUGGAUGUAAAGAUACACUUUUUAAUCAAAGAUCAUAUCUUACCAAGAUUGCCUCAACGCUUUAAGUUCUACGCAGAGAUGCACAAGCAGUUUUCCAUCAUACAAGGUCUUUUCGUGCGGGAUCAACGAUUGAAAAUCGAAGAAAAGCUCAACGAUCUGCUGAACGUAACGUUUCAAAAGAUGAAAGCAGCUGGGCAGAGCAUUGAAGAGUAUGAACAAAUUUUUAGAGUUCCUAGUCUCUCAGAUAUUCCGGCUGGUAAAGAAAGCAUGGCAUCGUUAGAUGGUUCAUUGGUUAGUUCGGAAAUUCAAACACCGGUAACAUCGAUGCUCGAAGAACUUGUGGAAGCGCAAUAUGCUCCAGCAUAUUUAUUUCCACCAUGCCGGAAGAUUCCAUUUUUGAUAAUUGCUGAGAAACAGCAAUCGGAACCAAGCGAUCUGGAACUCGACGGAAUGAUGCAAGAUAUUCUAGAAAGUGUUUUAUCUGAUGAUGAUUUUAGUUCCGAAGCAGUCUACAAAUUGUUUUCAACGUUUAUCAAAUUUCUGGAUCGACUCCGAGAGCUAGAGCAACCUGUGUUUCCAGAUGUGAUAGAGCAAGAAGAACCAGAAGCGGAUACAGAAGUGGCUCUACGAAAUAAAUCUAGAGUCAUCUCGAGAGACUCAAAACAUCAUCAUUCAUCGUGGACAGAUAUACGUGGUACAAGGACUUCAAGGAGAUUGUCCUCGUUUUCCGUUACGGGAGCACCACGUCCACAAUCUAGAAAUUCAGUUAAACUAGCGAGAAAGAAACGAAAGCGUAGAAAAUCAACAAUUGAAGCAUGCGCUUCUGAUGCAUCGACUGACGAAGAGCGUGAACCGAAAGAAGUUGAUCCGAUGGAACUGAAGAAGAUAGCACAUCCUCCGGGACGCUGGACAACUGGGUCAAUACACAAACAGGAAUAUGAUCCAGAUUGUAGAACUGUUACAAUAUGGACGGAGAAACUAGGGACUUUCGGGUUCGCCAUGAGAAGAUAUUAUAAUCUACCUUUUAGAGGAUGGGACAUGAGAAGAAUUGGAAAGCUAUCGGAUCUUACGACUUGUCUAACUCUGGAUUGCGUUGGUCUACAGUUCAGUAUCAACGUUACAAAAUCUGGAUACACAGUAAAAUUUGGAGCUGCUCCCCAGGAUAUCACUGCACCCACAAAAGAGCUUUCGCUGGAAGAGCUAGCUAAAUAUCUAACCAAAGUAAACUUGAACAUUUUUCCCGACGUGGAUGCACCAUUCUACGUCACGGAAAUGACUACACCAAAGCACGAAUCCAUGGAAAUCCACACCUUAAAAUGUAUGGCGGCUUUUUGUUUGACGCACAACUUCACGAACUGUUUCUGGAAUAAGUAUGCGCCUUUUAGGGAAGCUCUGUUUCAAAGUCGUCAAGUGAUUGAGGGUUGCCCAGAGCAGACAUUUGGAACAGUGAUGGUGAAUCCUCUCAAAGCGGCUGUAGUGACGGUUGAAGAAUUAUGUUCUCCUUUGGAUGAGGUUAUUCUUGGGUAUCAUCCCACGCCAGAAAAUCAAGCAUAUUAUCCAGAUGUUUACAGUCUUUUAAAGGGAAACCUGGAAGAACCAUCUCGGAAAUUGUUCAUGAAGACUCCUCCUAUGCUGCAAUGGAAUGUUGCCCAAAUUCUACAGAGACUGCGACUACUUAGUUAUAGUUGAAUCAUUUUUUAAAGCAAUUAAAUAAAAAAAACGGUUCGUCA